AUGGCGGUAGGAAAAAUCGUUGUUUCCGUGGCUUCCGUCCUUCUAGUGGUGGGUGUUGCCAUAGGAGUUGUCACCUAUGUUAAUAGAGGCGGCAGCGGCAGUGGCGGCGGCGGCGACGGCAAUGCUCCUUUGAACUCUCAUCAGAAAGCGGUCCAGUCGAUUUGUCAGACAACCACAGACAAAGGCUCAUGCGCCAAAACGCUAGAGCCCGUCAAGAGUGACGAUCCACAGAAGCUUAUCAAGGCCUUUUUGGUGGCUACAAAAGACGCGAUCACAAAAUCCUCAAACUUCACGGCUUCGACCGAAGGAGGCAUGGGGAAAAACAUUAACGCCACCAACAAAGCCGUUCUUGAUUACUGCAAGAGAGUGUUGACCUACGCUCUUGAGGAUCUUGAGACCAUUGUUGAAGAAAUGGGUGCAGAUCUCCAGCAGAGCGGAAGUAAGCUUGACCAGCUUAAGCAAUGGUUAACCGGAGUUUUCAACUACCAAACCGAUUGUCUUGACGACAUCGAGGAAGUGGAACUAAAGAAAAUCAUGGGUGAAGGAAUCGCCAACUCCAAGAUUCUCACUAGUAACGCUAUCGAUAUCUUCCACACCGUUGUUACCGCCAUGUCCCAAAUGGGCGUCAAGGUCGACGACAUGAAGAACCUGGCCGGAGGAGCUCCCGCAGCUCCGGGAUCUCCUGCUCGUCGUCUUCUUGAAGACAGCGACUCCAAGGGACUACCCAAAUGGUUUUCUGGCAAAGACAGGAAGCUUAUGGCUAAGGCCGGACGCGCCGACGCCGCUCCAGCUGGGGGUGCACCUGGUGAUGAUGGUAUCGGUGAAGGCGGCGGUGGUGGCGGUAAGAUCAAGGCGACUCAUGUGGUUGCUAAGGACGGAAGUGGACAGUUUAAGACCGUUUCCGAGGCUGUUGCCGCUUGCCCAGAGAAAAACCCUGGACGUUGCAUCAUCCAUAUCAAGGCUGGUAUCUACAAUGAGCAAGUCAGUAUCCCUAAGAAGAAGAACAACAUUUUCAUGUUUGGUGAUGGUGCUACCAAAACCAUCAUUACCUUUAACAGAAGUGUUAAGCUCAGCCCUGGAACCACUACUUCACUCAGUGGCACCGUUCAGGUUGAAUCUGAGGGAUUCAUGGCGAAAUGGAUCGGGUUUAAGAACACUGCUGGUCCAUUGGGACACCAAGCGGUCGCACUCCGUGUGAACGGAGACCGUGCGGUUAUAUUCAACUGCAGAUUUGACGGUUACCAAGACACACUCUACGUCAACAACGGACGUCAGUUCUACAGGAACAUUGUUGUAUCCGGUACAGUCGAUUUCAUCUUCGGAAAAUCCGCCACCGUCAUCCAAAACUCGCUAAUCCUCGUCCGAAAGGGAAGCCCCGGACAGUCCAACUACGUUACAGCCGACGGUAACGAGAAGGGUGCAAAUGUCAAGAUCGGUAUCGUUCUCCACAACUGCCGUAUCCAACCGGACAAGGACCUCGAAGCUGAGAAGCUAACCAUCAAAUCCUACCUAGGAAGGCCGUGGAAGCCAUAUGCCACCACCGUGGUUAUCGGAACUGAGAUUGGCGAUUUGAUCAAACCAGAAGGAUGGACCGAAUGGCAAGGAGAACCAAACCACAAGAAUGCUAGGUACAUUGAGUUCAACAACCGUGGACCAGGAGCCAACACAGCUAACAGGGUUCCCUGGGCUAAGGUGGCUAAGUCUGCGGCUGAGGUUGAAGGUUUCACCGUCGCUAACUGGGUCGGUCCGGCUAACUGGAUUCAAGAAGCCAACGUACCUGUCCAGCUUGGAUUGUAA